AUGACUUGUUUUCACAAUCUAGUGCGCGAGAUUCGUUUCUUCGUCAGAUCGGCCUUUCAGAAGCCGAAGAUUCAACAUGGACCAUCCUUAGCGAUGAUGACGAGGAGGUAUGGUGUCCUAAUAUUGCUUUUAGUUUGCUUUUGUAAUGCUUAUGAUUUAGCCGCAGAAAAGCGGGAUCAAUUUGCAUCAUUGAUUGCAUUUCAACUUCUGCUCAUGAAGGUUCUCGACACCGGGUUGUCCACUUAUUGCUCUCCCACUUACAAGCUUUUCUGUAAACAAAUAGGGAAUGGGUUAAGACAAAGCGUGCGAGAGUUGUGUGAUUUCUGGAUGCUCACUCGCAAUUUGUUACGGAAUGGGGAAGAUGACCAGUUGCAGCGAGAGGUGGAUCGUGUAGUGAUCCUUGCUCUUCAAUACAUUGUUAAUCGCCCUGGUUUCGGUCUGUGGCAGUUUCUUGUUGAUUUACCAUUUGAUUGUGUCACUGAUGACUGUCGUAGUCGUUGUGAAUAUCUGCUUCGAUCGGUCGAGAAAAUAACGGUUUCUGAACUCUAUGACAUUCCGUUAUCAGAACUUCUUGCGAGGAAUGGAAGAGGUGGUUUAAAAGAAAGGGCUGAAGCCAUUGGUCCUCUGGAUUCCGUUUUUCUUGUCAAUACGCUUGCAGCAGUCGUGUCUUAUUCUCAUGGUGGUCCCGUCAAUUUCGUAAAAGAGAUUGUAGAGAUUUGCUUCUGUGAUGAGACGUCACGUGAGAGUUUGUAUAAGGUGGGAAGCGAAGCCGUCGCUUUGUUGCUAUCGAGAAAGCCGAACAUAUUCGAUCAAUUGCUAAUAGUUCUAGAUCGGAAUAUGUCGCACAUGGAUAAUUAUGCUAUCAAUGUCCUGACUACUUCUAAUCUGUGUGAGUGUAAGCUUUCACCAUCGUCUUUGAGCAUACUAGGGAAAUGGCUUAUUUACAAGCCUCCGGAUGAUGCUGCUAACCGUAUGGCCCGUCGUAUAAUGUCCAGUGUUUACUGGGGUAUGAAUGAAGCUGGAGAUCAGUUGUGGUUAGAUCCAUCGGUACAUGAGAUAUGUGCAGAUACUGUAAUGAAGGCACACUCAAUGCAUUGUGGUAACUCUAACGGAAUGAUAGCAAAGUCGAUACGACAAGUUUCGAAGUUGGCUAGUCGGAUGGCCGAUCAUGAACAUCUCUUCAAUCAGUUUUGUUGGGAUAUUUUAAUCAAAUUGAAGAUAAGCUCGAUGAGGCACUAUCGAGAAGUAUCAUCUAUCGGCUCUCAGGAAACAUUUAUGGAGCUCUUCGAGCGUAUCUUACACGUUGAUCAAUGCUCCUACGCAGUUCAGUGGCUGACUGGGCCAUCGUUGGUGCCUACACCGAUCGUUCGUCUUAUUUGCUCAUCGCUGUCGCAAAUGUUAAAAUCAUGGAAAGAGAAUUCACACGGCAUCCUUUCGAUGUUCACUUCGGACCAAGCUCCACCAACGCUGAUUUCGAACUCAAUGUUCGGUGUUUCUCCAUGGGCCACUUAUCUUCUUCUUUUGGUGGAGAGCAGGAGUUAUCCAACUUUCUAUCAAUUUUUGUAUGAAACAUUUAUAAUGAAGGAAAAGCUAACUGUGGAAGAAGCUUGCAAGAAGGCUGCUUCGAAAUCGUCCAUUUUGUUGACUCCAAGGAGGCUUGCGGUAUAUAGAUGGGCUGAGUUCGUUUCUGCUUCCUCGGAAAGCACAGUGUUCCCUCUUGCUUUACAGCGUCUUGCUUUAGAGUCCUAUUGUUUGAGAACUGUACAUGGAGUUAUAUAUUUUAAGAAUGUCUGGGUGGAUUUUAUUGACAGCGAUAGGUUGCUACAAGAGGAGUCAAAAGAUGAAAAGGUGAGCUGCACAAAAUUUAACCAAACGAGUGACGCCCUCAUGGCUCAAAAUCGGGAGAAACGCAACGCUUUACUUAAUGAACUCCGUUCUGGUGUUGUUGACAAAAUGGCUGUGUCAUCGGCGAGCAUGGAACAUAUUGUAAGGCAACUACUUCACUUCUGCGCCAUGCAUUUGUCUACGCUUGAUCAAGGUGGUCAAAUAUGUGGAAGAUCUGUUUUUAAGGCGAUAACGUCGUCCUUAGGCGGGGUGGAGAUGCUUUUUCCAGCAGCCACUGCUGCUUACGAAUACACGUUACACAUGUUGGCUCACGGAUUCAUACGCAUGCAACCCGAUGAGCAGAUUCCACUUAUGACACUUGUUUUAGAAGGAUUCCCACUGUGCGAUGUUUUGAUUGAGGUGAUUUUCCACCACAGACGACUAGGGAUAGACAAAGCUGCUGCAUCUUUGCCUCCUCAACAGUUCGCGCCACUAAUUCCUUUGGCUUUUCGAAAUCUGGCUAGCCAUCCUUUGUCGGAUUCUCCUCUACAUAUUCUUUGCUUAGAACACGCCGUCACAUUUGUUUUUCAUGCUUUUCCCGCAAAUUUUGUAACUGGCCUGGAUCUCGCUUUGAAUGGUUGUAACACCGGUGAGACACCUCUGCAGCUUCUGGAAAUAUUUGUGGAACGGUUAGGAGCAGAGAACUUCGAAUUUCCGAAAGCUGAAUAUCCAUUAAGCAAUGAGAAGUUAAAUUUUGCGAGGGUUUUCCAACAAAUCCUAGACGUGUUUUCACCUUUAAUUGUUCCUGUAUCAUCAUCAUUGCCCCCGUUUUCACCUUCCCAUGAAACAGAAGCUCAUUUGGUCCUUGAUCGACUCGUACAGUUGUUCACAGUCUUGCCACAUAAUGCAUCUCUGAAACCUGGAACUCAAAAUUUGCCGUCAUUGGUCUGGCAGUUCUAUUUCGAAAAAUUGUCAGUGUUGUCACAUGGAUCUAGUCAUUACUUUUCUGUAAUUGUCCGUGCUUCCUUGCUUGAUCUGGUCAAAUCCUUGUCUGAACGUGGUGAUUGGUCAACUAUCUCUCCAGAAUACGCUGAAGAAUUGGCCAAGGUUGUGGCUGUUUGCUUCCCUCACGAUUCACUUACGAACCCUACUGAUGUCGUAGUUGUAUUGCAUAUGAUAUGGCGGAAAAUCUGUUGCUUUAUUGUUCGUGAGCCGUUCACAUCGGUGGCCUUAUUGAAGCAAACAAUGUGGUUACGAACCCAAUGUUCACUGGUGCUGCGAGAAGGUCCUGCUGCAGCACCUCCUGCAUACAACUCGUUAAUCGCCGACGUGAACUCGGUGGCUCAACAACAUGGUGCGUUAGAACAUCUCCAAUUCUUUUUGUUUAAGUCAUUGGUAACAACGUGGAAUGCUUAUCUGGAUGCAAAUUUCGAAUCUCCGCUGGUUAUUAUGUCGCUAAACACUUUGAUUGGCUCACUUAACGCAGACCAACUGGCAACUGCGUCAAAAGUGUUGGAGAAGACAAUACGCUCAUAUUUCAAACGUACGUUCCCUGUUCAUUAA